AUGACAAGGAAGAAGGUGAAACUAGCCUACAUCACCGAUGACUCUGCGAGGAAAGCCACGUUCAAGAAGAGAAAGAAGGGACUAAUCAAGAAGGUGGAAGAGUUGAGUAUCCUUUGCGAUAUUGAUGUCUGCAUGAUAAUCUGCAGCCCUUAUGAUGCCCAACCGGAGGUUUACCCCUCGUCGUCGGGAGUCCAGCGAGUCUUGGCCAGGUUCAAGAACAUGCCUGAGAUAGUGCAGAGUAAGAAAAUGGUGAACCAAGAGAGCUUUCUCCGAAACCGAAUCGCCAAGGCCAACGAGCAACUGGAGAAGCAAAGAGAGGAGAAUAGGGAGAAGGAGAUCACUCGGAUCAUGUUCCAAACUUUGAUGGGGGCAAAAGGGUUGUUAGGACUAAGCAUCGUGGACCUGAAGGAUUUAAGAUGGCUGAUUGAACAAAAGCUAAUGAAUAUCAAAAUGAGAAUCGAAAGAAUCGGAGAGGACGACACAGAGACCAAAGUUUGUUUGGAACCAAAUAAAACAAAGUUAAAUCUUGCCGGAGUUCAUUUGGCUUCCACUGCCGGCCAUAUUCGUCAACCUCUGAUCUCGAAUGUUAUUUUCAUUGAAUCACACGUGAAUUGA